AUGUUAACUGCCGAUUUUGACAAUAUCACGGUUUUGACCGCUGUAAACCCCGAUGUAUUCGCGGGUUACGCUCAUGGCCCAAUCCCAGACAAUAACCUAGGGUGGAAACCUAUUGCAUUCACCACAGCGAUUGCAGGUAGUACACGCAAGUACGAUAUCAAGGCGGCUAAUAUCGUGGCUAACCCUCCCCCAAACCAGGCCCUUGUCCUUAACAAGGAGAAUAUUGGCGUCUACGACAUCCUGGUCAACCCUCCACGCCAGAUGUGCGGUAUGGUCCUGCUAGAUAGGCCUUCAAUGCGUCGUCACAUACGUCACGAACAUUCUGGAGCUCUUGUUAUGCCUGAUUGUCGUGCCAAGCGUAGGGAAGACAUUAUUUCUGCCCACAACGCUAUCAAGCGCUGGAUCCUUCAGCUUGGCUGGCAGAAUGCGAGCUACGUGCAUGGACCUAGUCGUGGCCCUGAUAAUAGCCUUGUUGGAUUUUGGUGCGAUACUCUGGAGCGGAUUGCGUAA